AUGUUCACCCUGAAAAAGCUGGCCGACGGCGAUGUAUCACCCAACAAGGUAGAUCUCGGUAUUGGUGUUUAUAGAAACGAGCAAGCUGGUUAUCAUGAGCUAGAGGCUAUCAAACAGGCUAAGAAGAUUCUGGACGAGAGAAAUCCUGGCCACGACUACGAAGUCACUGUUGGAAACCCAACUUUCCUAAAGCAUGCUGUUCGACUGAUUUUCGGCUCAUCCAGUCAGGUGCUUCAAGACAAGAAGGUAGCCUCCGUCCAGACCAUCUCCGGAACAGGUGCCAAUCACAUAGGCGCGCUCUUUCUAAGCCGAUCCGCCAAGUUCUCCGGCAAGACCGCGUAUGUCGGGAUUCCGGCUUGGGGCAACUACGGCCCCAUAUUCCGUCUUGCUGGGCUAGAGGUUGCCAAAUACGAGUACUAUGAUAUUCAGAAUGGCGUGCACUUCCCUGAAAUACCCCAACUCGUGCGAACGGCACCAGCGAAAAGCAUUUUCGUUCUCCAGAGUUGCUGUCACAACCCCACAGGAGCCGACCUCACGAAGGAACAGUGGGACGAGUUAGCCGAAGCGUUCAAGAAUCAUGAUGUACUGCCCUUCUUCGACAUCGCGUAUCAGGGUCUCGGGGCAGGCAUCGACGAAGAUGUAUAUGGUAUCCGGCGCUUUGCCGAGUUGGGGCUCGAGUUCGUGGUAGUACAAUCGUUUGCGAAGAACUUCGGACUGUAUAGCGAGCGUGCUGACGUUCUACAUAUUGUGGGAAAAGAUGAAGAAAAUGCUCGCAAUAUAGGUGAUCAGUUGCGUUGCCUGGUUUGA